AAUGCGUGCGUAUUUUAAUUUCAGAAAUUUUUCACAAAAUAUUUAAUAAGCAAAACUUGUUUCUAUUUGUAAAUAAACUUGUUUAUAUUUUGUGAACUUUUUCUGCGUAAUAUAUUUGAUUUUGCAGAUAUGGCGAGUCGUGGUGCUCCUUGGCUGACAUGGCGAGACAGAUGUAUCAACUGUUCACUCUCGAUACCCAGAAAUCAUAAAACACAUACUUUAGAGCAAGUGUCUACUCCAAUAUUUAACCUAUUACAAUCGUGGAUAACUCCUACUCAACUGACUUCAGAUCAUGUACUCUGUACAGAGUGUUUAGCACUGCUUCAAGACAGAGUGAAUACAGCCAGUGUAGGAAGUUUGUCUUUACCUGAUUUUGGUCAUAGAAAAGUAUGUUUUUCUUGUGGCCGGUCUAUUCUACAUGCUAAAAGAACAUAUCCUGUGCGACAAGAUCGACAAGAAAGAAACAUUAUAAUUAGACUAGUUCCGUUGCAUUUGAUCUCAAGAUUAGAAAGAGUAUGUGCUGCUUGCUGGAGGUCUGCUGAAAGAGAAGUGCGACGUCAUGAUGAACAAGACUCCAAUCGCUCUGGACUAAGAGGCCGUCUCAGCCGAUAACAAACACCAUGGUAGACCCCUGCUACACUCCAGCCGGAAUGGCGACGGAACCGCUCCGGUUUCCCAACCUGGUCACGGGCUUCGACCGCAGCCCCGAGCACGCGGCUCGGGCGGCGCUUUACACGCGGUACACACAACACGAGUGGAACCAGAACAGCAUCAAGAAUUAUAACGAGUCAGACGCUAAGAGAAACUACUCGGAACGCGUGAGGAACGAUAUCAUGCGGAUGCUUAGGGAAACAGAUGAAAUCGGUACUCAAGGUCAGCGGGAUUCCGGCAGACGAAUUGGCGAGAGAAUCACCGAUACUACAUUCUGGCGAAAUGAGGUGUCCAUUGAAAUGGAACGCCUUGUGUCCACGUGUGAGAAACUAAACGAUACGCGACGGCAACUGGAAAGGGCUAUAGCUGGCAUAGAGGGGCCGCUGCACAUUGUCCAGGAGUGUUUGUAUCAUCGGGAGAAGAGACAAGGCGUGGAGCAAGUGCACGACGCCGUGGAGCAGUCGCUUCUCAAGGAGGUGGCGGUGCUCCGCGAAUCACAGGAUAAGUUCCGUGACAUGCUUGAAAAGAUUCGGCAACAGUCCAAGAACUGUCGAGCAGCGCAGCACGAGCUGGAGACCGACAUGCGCAAUAAGGAGUAUGCUCUCGGCAUCGACACCAUGUGCCACCAGCUCAACAAUUUCUCCAAGGGUCUACAAUUCUACGCUGGCAUCGAGCGUUACGACCCAACGGUGUGCGACGAGGCCCGCUGGGCCGCCGCCUCCGCCGCCACGCUGCGCCGCUCGCAGGCCGAACGAGCCAAAUCCAUACAGAUGCUGUCUGAUGCUGAGAACCUGAUCAACGUCGCGGCGACUGAGAUCUGGGAUCAGUGGAGCGGCAGUAACAACGCGUUCACGCGCCGCAUCGCCGACACCGUCGAGAUCAAGAACAAGCUGCAGCUGCAUCUGCACAAGGUGCAACAGGAGAUAUUCGACCAGGAGAAAACUCUGGAGCUACUGAACAAGGCGAUAGAAGACAAGCUUCAGCCGCUGCGAGUGGCGCACACGCGGCUGCAGGCGCGGACCAACCGUCCCCACCUCGAGAAGUGCCGCGACCAGGCGCAGGAGAGACUAGUCAAAGAAGUGUGCGAUCUGCAAGAGACGAUGGAGACUCUCCGUUCGAAGCUGGCCACUGCAGAGGGCACGCAUCAGACGCUGCUGGGCGUGCGGGCGAGCCUCGAGGCGGACCUCCGGAACAAGACCAACACGCUGUUCAUAGACCGUGACCAGUGUAUGGGGCUACGACGCGGGUACCCCGUUACUGCGGCCAUCAAGUCGUAAUAAAGACGUCCAU